AAGAAGAAGAGCCCGGAAGAAGAGUGGAAAAAUAAAACAUGGCAACAGCACAAGUUAGCGAGGCUGAGAAAGUGUACAUCCUUCAUGGAAUAAGGGAUGAUUUACGGGUGGAUGGAAGAGGCUGCGAGGACUACAGACACAUGGAAGUGGAAACAGAUGUUGUUUCCAACACUGACGGAUCUGCUAAAGUCACCCUGGGCCACACUGCUGUUCUUGUUGGUGUCAAGGCUGAGAUUGGAAAACCAAGACCUAUGAUUCCAGAUGAGGGAUACCUAGAGUUCUUUGUGGAUUGCUCAGCUAAUGCAACCCCAGAGUUUGAAGGCAGAGGAGGAGAAGAACUGGGGACGGAGCUGAGCAACACCCUCUAUAAAGUCUUCAACAACCAGCAUAGCUUGGAUCUGAGGAGCCUCUGUAUCAGUCCUGGAGAGCACUGCUGGGUGCUUUAUGUGGACGUAUUGCUUCUUCAGUGUGACGGAAAUUUGUACGACGCUAUCUCAGUAGCUAUAAAGGCUGCUCUCUUUAACACAAAGAUUCCUAAAGUCCACAUAUCAUCAGACGAUGAAGGAGGGAAAGAGAUCGAGCUCUCAGACGACCCUUACGAUUGCAUGAGACUCGACGUAGAAAACGUUCCCUGUAUGGUGACUUUGUGCAAGAUUGGCCACAGGCAUGUGGUGGAUGUCACUCUGCAGGAGAAGGCCUGCUCUGUGGCAAGCCUCGUAAUUUCCGUCACACACAAAGGUGUCAUCACCUGCACAAGGAAGGUGGGGAGAGGCAGUCUGGAUCCAGAGAGCAUCUGUGAGAUGACAGAGGCAGGAAAACGAGUUGGGAAAGCUCUCCACUCUCCUCUCAUGAAGCUUCUGCAGCAGGAGGAGAGUCUGGGCAAGAAAAGGCAGAAAGUCGGCUUUCUUGGUUAAAAUCACUUGUUUGUAUUGGUUGUAUAUGUAAUUUUCUAAUAAAAGCAUC